GUCCGUCCACUCCAGAAUGGAGGCAGACUCCAAUUUUCCUUUGAAAGACAUCGCGUCGGUGGUAGAGGUUUUCAAGGUGGAACUUGCACAAAUAGAACCGAACUUGGCCAAAUUAUCGAUUAUUUUAGGGUUCUUCGAGACCGCGUUAACCUGCAAGGGAUCCUCCAAUAGCUGUCCCAGCUUAGAUAAAGAAACGUUCGACGCACUUGGCGGUAAAUUUCAGGCCUUGGUUCAGAAAGAUUUGAAUGCCAACAAAGAACAAAAACCAGCAACGAGAGAAUUCGUUGUAGAUGUUGCCGAUCUAGUCUGGAGUUGUCUCUCAAAGUCCUAUUUCAAAGACAAGCCACACAUCCAGAAUUUAUAUAGUUUUUUGACAGGCAAGUUCCACUUUAACAUUUGUUAUAAUCUGUUACAAACCUCUUUAUGAAUGACGAUGAUACAUGGGCUGAUCACUACAAUCCUUUGUGAGCUUAAUAUAUUUAAUGUUUCAAUUCUUAGUCUCCAGUGUUUUUCACCCGUCUGUGAUUUUUAAGCUUUUAACUUUUUGAUCAAUGAACAAUAUAAUUCUAUCCCCGUUUAUUACUUUAAAUUAUGAGUACUAGGAUUUUUUUGGAUAUUUACAAAAUGAAACUGAAUCAUUUAUUUUUAUUGAAUCUUGAAACAUCUACUCUCUUUAGUUGUCCUCUAUAUUGAUCUAUUUUUGUCAAAAAAUCCAUUCAUAUAUAUAUUAUUGGAGCCAAAUUGUGACUCUGUUUGUGUAUGUAUGGAGCAGAAACUCUGAUUCUAUUAAUUUUAGCCUUUUAAUUGCAACCUUUAGAAAGAUUCACCCAGUAGGAAUCGAAGCUAAUUAAUAUUCAAUUCAGGGUAUGACUCUGAUUUCACAUUGAUCACCAAUCAGAAAAUUAUUCCUUGACAACAAUGUCAAUAUUCUGAGAGAAGUUGUUGUAAGUUUUGCAGAGAUCUGUGACAGAAAGAAAGAUAAGAGAGUAAUGCAUUGUUAUAAACUUUGAACAGUUGCAGUUCAUAUCUUCAUUCAAGUUGGGGCAGGGAGCAUUCAUCCAGAACCCAAAGAUAUUGGGGCGGCUGGCCCGUUAAUGGUGACGUAGUUUAUGCUCACACUUGGGAACUAUUGACCCUGAAAAACCCUAUCAAGCCACCUUAAAAUAAGGUGGGGGCCAAGGCUCCUCAUGCCCCUUUCAUAGAUCUACUAAUGGGAAACACUGAUAACUUAAUUUGUAUCUGGUUUAUUCAUGGCCUAAUAGAAUUUUCUUAUUGUCUUGAUAACUUCUUUUUCAGUAAAUAUUUGAAAAGUUAAAAAUGACCAUGGGUGUUGUGUGUAAAGUUUUUUUGGCGGCUGUGUUGAUCGAGUAUUGACCAAGUGUUGAUCGAGAGUCUGUCAAUAUCUAUCGGCCAAGUGGCGUUUUCCUGUCGGUCAAGUAUUAGUUGACAGAUCGACCAACAGUCAGUCGAGGUAGCAUCAGUAGUGUGUCAGCAAUGUACGGGGGGAAUGUUGGUCAAGUAUCGGUAAGGUAUCAGUGGUGUAUCAGUCGACAAUUGGCAUCGCCUUGAGUCGGUUGACAGUUGGCCAAGUGAUGUUUUACUGUCGGUUGAGUAUCAGCCAACAGAUCGACCGACAGUCGAUCGAGAUAGUAUCAGUAGUGUGUCGGCAGUUUAUCAGUGAACUGUCAGCUGAGUAUUUGUAAUGCAUCGGUGGUGUAUCGGUUGACAGUUGCCAUCGCUUUUAUCAAACUCGUCCCCAGUGCUUUCCCUUUGUUACAAAGUACCUAACAGCUGACACGCAGUAGACACUAUGGCUCGUUAUGUAGCUGUGAUCUGUUGGUGAUCUGUCGGAUAUCCAUUGGCAAAAUAAUGACCACCAACCAUCGACCGACUACCUACCAUUAGACUGUAGCAGUCGAGUACCCGCCAGAUAUUUGUCGAGACAUGACUGACUCUCGACCAACAGUUGGCCAUACUUGACCGCCACUACUGUACCAUAGCGGCCGACUGUCACCAACAUAUCGGCCAAUCGACUCUCAACCAAUGUAGCAAUCAAUAUGUCAAUCGACAUUCGACCAAGAUAUCAGCCGAUCCAUUGAUCAACACCCCCUGUAAGAAACAUGAUCCCGUUUUGGUUGUAUGAAUAUGGGGUGCUUAUAUAUAAAAGGUGAUAAGAACCUAGAACCUUACAGCUUCAUAAUAAAGUUUUUUUUCUCAUUAUACCAUCUUCCUACUCAGUACAAGAUCACAGAUGUCCUGGGAAGAGCUACCCAUUGAAAUCAUGUGAACAAAUGGUAUUUAUUAUUCAUGGAUAAUUUUUUUUUUGAAUUAUUUCUUAAAAGGAAAUCGACUGGACUGUUUUGGUGUUGCCUUUGCUGUAGUUGCCAUUUGUCAGGCGCUGGGUUACAAUGAUGUUCAUUUAGCACUGUCAGAAGACCACGCCUGGGUGGUGUUCGGUGAGAGUGGCAAAGAGACCGCAGAGGUUACGUGGCAUGGUAAAGGAAAUGAAGAUAAACGUGGUCAUCCUGUGGACUUUGAUGAGAGCACUGCACACAGCUGGUUGUACCUGAGUGGAUACCCUGUAAAAUGCACAAGACACAUGGAGGUUGCAUCCAUGGUAACGUCAAUAAACCCUAAUAUCAACAGCACAACCGACAGUGUGGAGUUAGCUAGUUUGCAGCAGGUAAGGUGUGAAAGAACCUGUUUUGAAGUUUAUGUGUCUUGAAAAUGUAGCCAAUAAGUUUUUCAAGUUUGUUGCUUAUAAUCCAUUCAAUCUCCAUGAUAGUAAGACACCUUUUAUCACAAUGGUCUACAAGCCAGUUGCCACAUUGCUGUUAUUCAUUUUCUUUCAAAAUAAACUUGAAAUUAGAAAACCUUCCUUAUGAAGUUUAUUUAAGUGCAAAUGUAUUUAGCAUAAUAUACAGUGGAACCUCGAUAUAACAAACCUCUGUAUAUAACAAACCUCGAUAUAACAAACCUCUGUAGAUAACAAAGUCCUUGGUGUAACAAACGAUUUUCUUUGUCCUAAUAAUAGUAAAUAUAUGAAAAGGAACCUCAAUAUUACAAAACCUCCUUAUAGCAAACAAAUUUUGCCACAAGUCCCUUGGCCCUUUGAUAUAUCAAGGUUUCACUGUACUGACGGCGGCACAUGCCUAUAUAGCCCAUAAUUAUGUGGUAGUAGCCUCUUGGGGGGUGGGUGGAUCCUUAACUUGAGAAAAAGGGAAGGAGUGCUCUUCUAAACUUGUGACAUCCUCGGAGACCCAGGGGCAGAUAGUGGGGGCAAGAGAAAGUCUAAACGGACGGAAAAAUAUGGCACAAAGAAAAGUAAAGAACGGCGAGAAGAGCCCCUGGCCUGACAAUGUCUUACCAGACCAGUUCCAAACGGUCGCCGCCAUUCUGGCUUCUGAUUGGUGCCAGGAAACUUUUGUGUUUUUCUGCCCAAUCAGAAGCCAGAUCAGCGGCAACUGUUUGGAACUGGCCUGGUAAGACAUUGUCCCCAGGGGCUCUUCUCGCUGUUCUUUACUUUUCUUCGUGCCGUAUUUUUCUGCCCGUUUAGACUUUCUCUUGCCCCCACUAUCUGCCCCCAGGUCUCCGAGGAUGAACUUGUGAUAACAGGGACCAAGCCUCAAAACUUAUUUUUGACUCUUCAAUCUUCUGUUUGGUUGAAAAAUAAGGGGGACUGGGUCCUAAGGUUGCAUAAAUUUGAGCAUUUAGUGAGUAAUAUUUAAGUGUAUGUUAUAUUUGUUUUGGAAUGACAGUGCAUAUGAUGCUUCAUUGUUUUUUAUCUAAUCAACAGCAACUUUUGUGGUUACUCUAUGAUCAAGGCCAUCUUAAGAGGUAAACAAUAUUUUAUUUUUUUAAAAUUUCUAACAGUAUCAAACGUAGGAAUAUAUUUUGUUAGGAAAUGAAGAGUGAACUCCAAUGUUCCAUCAAAAAUUUGUGUAGGACACUUGUUUCAUCGUGUAUCAUGUUUCCCAUUGUCUAGAUGAACCCUUGAACAAAAUUAAAAGUGUGUCAAGUCAAAAGUGUAAAAAUUUUAAAGGACUACAAGUAAAUCAGGAGAUCUAAAAUAUUCUAGCGGGAUGCAUAUGUGUGAUAUAUUGAAAAAAUUUUGGUUGAUUUUUUACUUCUUGCAGUGGUCUGAAAGUCCCUUCCAUCAAAUAAUUUACCUUCUAAGAUAAAAAGGCAUAUGUAGCACAUUUGAGAAAAUUGUACACUUCUUUGUAACUUACUGUGAUUUUGAUAAGCAUGGAUUGUUCAAUCUUAAAAAAACAUCUUUUCCUUCCAGUACAAAUACAUUGUAUGACAUAAGUUUUUUUCAGCACUUUAUCAGGGUCUGGUUCCUGAAAGGUGAUUAGUGCCAAGGGAAAGUUCAUUUAAUAUGACAAGGGGGGGGGGGAUGAAGAUAUUGAAACUCGAAGCUUGAAAUUUUAGCAGCCCCCAUCGCUAGCGGUUCAAUUUUAUAGGAGCCCCCUCCUUGGUAGUCGAAAAAAUUUCAGAGCCCCCCCCCCCCCCCCCUCCUUCAAUUCCUUUGCUCCCCUAAAAAAAGAUUGCUAGACUGUAUUAAAUAUAUUUACUGUUAUUGUCUUCAAUGGUUUAUACUAUGACAAACUUGAGAUACAGUUGUGAUACAAUUUUCUAAAGCAUUUUUAGGAUGAACAAGAGUGUAAUAAUUACUGAGACUACAUUUGUUAUAUCUGUAAACCACGUGAUAUAGCUGAGUUGCACAGGUCAUUAAAUUGUUGAGUUGAAAACCAUCUGAUCUGUAUGAUGAUGUCAUGUGUUGGUUUUGAAGUAUACAAAUUUUCGGAGCCCCCCCUUCGGGUGUCUAAAAAUUUUCGGAGCCCCCCCUCAAUAUCUUCAUCCCCCCCCCUUGUCAUAUUAAAUGAACUUUCCCUAAUGCAGGAUUUAAAUUUAAAUGUACCACUUUUUGUAUUUACCUUCCUACGCAUUGCUUAGAGUAACAUUUCGUGUUGUCAUUUCUUUUUUUGAAGUAAAGUCACAACGGUUUUUUGAAAGCUCAAGUUACAUGUUCUUAGACAAGAAACCGUACCUAAAAUUUGGCUUACUCCUGGGUUAACUUAACCAUCUUCGAGGAACAGGGCCCAGGAGGGUUGAUUAAUUUAAAUUUUGUGCAUUGCUCCACUAGAUAUCCAUUGGCUCUGGGCAAUCUUGGUGACUUGGAAGAAAUAUCACCAACUCCUGGCCACCCAUCAGCAGAAGACAUCCUUAAGGAAGGCAUAAGAGUGGGCCAAUCCCUGUACAAAGACUAUCAUGUGUACCCCUAUACGUACCUUGCUGGUUAUUAUUACAGACAGAAGCAGUAUCUGAAAGCCAUGGAUCACUGGGUCAAAGCAGCAUAUGUUGCUGGAAAGUACGUAGUGGUAACUAAGUAAGGUAAAAAAGGCAGUUAAAAAGAAAGACUGCCAAUUGCACUCCCUUGAACCAGAGAGGUGACAAUGAUUGGUCUCUCCCCACUCGCCCAUUAAUGUAAUAUUACAGCACAAAUAGGAAACCAAGGCACUGGUGCCUUAAUUUCCUCUCUACUACUCUAAGGCUGUGGCAUGUUUCAGCCUGGUUGAAUGGGUACUGGUCUGCUGAUGGGGGAGGGGGGGUUGAGUUUGAGCACCAGCUGGACCACAAAACCUGAGGGUCUUUAAACAAUUAUUUUAGUUCAUGCUGGUUGUGAUUUAAAAGGGAGCUUGUGUCAGUUCAGAUAAUUGCAUCAUUUGGGCAAUGACGUUAAGACUUUCUUAUUAGUUGGAACAGGACAUUAAAGAACCUAGCGCAAAGAUGUCUGAAAAAAGGGGGGCAUAGACCACAAUGGUGUGGCCUGUCUUCUCAUCGGGUGUUUCCCAUGUUUCUCAUGGGCUGUAAUUGUGGUGUGCAAGCUGAAAUUGUGGGACGAUCGUACUUAAAUGCAAUCAUUAUGCAUGGCGACAACUUACACCAACUCCUUGUAGGUACAACUAUUCAAAAGGAGAUGAGGAGAUGUUUAAAGAAUUCUACGAGAUAGCCAAUGACUUUAUCCCAAACAUUCUCAAGAUUACAUCUUCCAUCAAAGGUGACAGUGGUGCCAUCCAGUCUGCCAAUCUUGCUGAAGAUCCAAGCUUCUUUAGUCUUGUUCUUCAGUUUUAUGAUGGCAUCUGCCUAUGGGAGGAAGGCAGCCAAACUCCUGUUAUACAUGCUGACUGGGCGAAGAAGCUUGUUCAAUCAAUUUCAAGAUUUUCCCCUGCUUGUAGAUCUGCAUUGUCAUCUAUGCAUGCAGGAAAAUUAGCUACGGUUCAUGAGCCUGUGAAAAAUGAUACACCUGAAAUAAAGUCAUCUGCACAGGAAGGCGGAUCACUGUCAUUAUCCAAUAAGAUGGAAAACAACAGCUCAGCAACAGCAAGUGUAGAAAACUCUAAAGAACCACUGGUGUUGAAUCUUAGAAGCCAAAAAAUGAAAGGCAUGCGAGAUUUACUGACAACUAGUGGCAAAAUAAACACUAGUGCUAUCAAGCUGCAAUUAACAGCUCAGUCCCAAGUGAGUGUGCCAAAAAAUCGCAGGAGGUCGUCAUUCAAAACAGACGAUUAUGUUUAUGACUUUGGUGAAGGAGCUGAGGGAGAAGAUGAAGAAGAAGAAGAGAAGGAGAAGGAGAGGAGGCCAAGGAAAGCUAUGAAAGGAGACAGGGAUUAUGUUGUAUACUGAUUUUAUUUUUAUGUUGGAAGAAGAAUACAGUCAAACCUCCAGUAACGGCCACCUCUCCACAACGGCCACCUCUCUACAAUGGCCAUUUUUUUUUGCAGACAGUCCAUACAUUGACUCUUGUUAUGGCCACUUUCUGCUGUCCCCAAUGUGGCCGUUGUAGAGGUUCAACUGUAGAAAAGUAUUAUUUAAUUUCCAGCUGUCCAGAGUUUUUCUUCAGGAUGGUGUCCUCUCACCCUACCAGCAGAGUCUUUCUUUUGGUUGCUCAAUUUUAGCCUACUCGAGAAUUUAGGUUUCUAGGAAACUGCCUACCUACCCCUCCCCUAACCCAACAUUUUGCCCUAAGUGAGAGGUAAGUGUUAAUGUUGACUUAAGGGAGGGGUAGGUGGGUAGUUUCCCAUAAACCUAAAUUGAUCCAAAUUCUUCUCCCAUAAAAGUUUUUGUGCAUAGAGAGGUAGACAAUAUUUUCCAUUUACUACUCUCAUAUUUUGAGGGUAAGUGGAGAAUUUAAAGUAUCAUGCUUUUUUACUAGUAGUGUACAAUAAUUACAGUCAAACCACGAUUUAUUGACACCUGCUUAAUGUGCAGAAGGUUGACAACAAAUUAUAUUGUUGUGGUGCAGUCGCUAAAGCCGCCAGUUUAUAUGUACCAGCCAUUUUAUCUGUAGAGUUUUGCUUGUUUUAUUAUCUUUUGUGGGACUUGGUGACAUACUGUUACAAGGGGAAAAAAUACACUAUUUCUUCAUUUUUAAUGAUAACUUAUCUAGAGUUUUACAUAUAAUAUAACCAAAUUAUGCAUGAUAAUCUUUAAGGCUAACAUAUUCAUGAGAACACCAAUGCAUCAACCUUUCCUGGGGGUCAAAGUGCAACUCCACACUAAAAGUGACAGGGGUGCUCAUUGAUUUUUAGUCUCCCACCCAGACGUUCUUAGGGGUUCGUCGCACGUUCCUGCCCCACGUUCGUCAGGGAGGAUAAUUUUGCAUGGCUAGCCAAAAGAACAUUUGCACACAAGGAUAAUUGAUUUUUGAUUGUAAGAGGAAAUUGUGGAUGUUACUACCUCAGGUGCUAAAAUCUAAAAUGGCAGUUGUUUAAUUUACAGUGGUUUUUUUAGAGGCUUUUAGUUUAUCAUACACAUUCUGUAACAUGUUCUGUACAGCUGCUAUCGUACUGCAUACAAGUCCCGGCUACAGGUCUUAAAAAAAGUAUUUUCAUCAUCAUCUCAUUUGGGCCCUUAAUGUUUAAUCAAAAGAGACAUGUAACCCAUCUCAACACAAAGUUAAAUAUAUUUAAAAAGAAAGCAAACAUACUUAGGCCUUGCACCAGUCUAAUAAGGGGCCCAACAUGCCCAGAAGUCUCACUGCCAUUUCCACUACAUUGUUAGAAAGUUCAAAGUAACUUGCUGAACAUUUAUCAGCCAUUAAAGUUGACUAUUCUGUAUUUAACCACUU